UCAUUGGUUCAACGUCAUCACAUGACGCCAACUUCCGGCUUUGAAAACAAUCUUUUCCUGUCCUUGAAUGUGAACGUGAGAUAAACAAACAAGCGAACGUGAUAUUUUAUUAAUAGCGAGACUUUCGAAUGUAGCUGGCAGUAGCCAUGGUGAAAUGCGUAGUCCAGGGGUGUCCCAAUCGAACCGAUAACAAUAAAGGAGCGUUUCUGAAUCUACCAACCAAGAGGUUUUUCAAUUUCCCGUCUGAUCAGGCUCGAGUGAAAGUGUGGCUUGCCGCCCUGCGAGAGACGAAGGAGGAUUCAACCGAGAACCACAUCAUAUGUGAAGACCACUUUCUGACCGACCACAUAACACCACGAGGAAUAAGCGAGGAUGCCAUACCAAUUAUGCCUCCGUACCUUGACGGGCCACUGAGUAUGAUCAGUCCGUGGGGCGAGGACUCUUCUGAUGAGGAGGAGUUUGUGGAUAACGUUGAAUAUGAGGAUGAUGAUGAAGAUGAUGAUAGCGCUACGCACAAUGACAAUGGUGAAGAAGAAUAUAAUGAAACCCCGGGCCAGACAAAACCAACUGCAACUAUCUUUCAUGACCACGUUGAAGGCACCAGGAAAAAGACAAGAGCGAGUACUUCCACUGAACGUUCGCCUUCGGUGAGGAACCCUGGCGCACCCCAUGUUCGCCGGGAUCUGUCCCUGGCUCUGCUCACCAAGAAGUUCCUACGGUUGAUGCGCGUCGCCCCUUAUGGUGUCAUGGACCUCAACACCGCGGCGCAGAACCUGAACACGCGCAAGCGCAGGGUCUACGACAUCACCAACUGUCUGGAGGGAGUCAAGCUGAUCCAGAAACAGUCAGCCAGCAAGGUCAAGUGGAUAGCUCCGUGUCCUGUCAGCAGUUUCGUGGGGCCAAAGCAGAGGCUCCAGCGAGAGCUGCAGAACCUGAAGACGGUGGAGGAGAGUCUGGAUGAGCUCAUCAAGACCUGCGCCCAGCAGCUCUUCCACAUGACAGACAGCUUGGACAACAUGGAGUUAGCAUACGUGACCCACAGCGACCUCAGCGGCAUCAGGGUGUUCCAGGAGCAGAGGGUCAUUGCCAUCAAGGCCCUGGAGGAGACCAAGCUGGAGGUCCCCACGCCCAAGGAGGACAGCAUCCAGAUUCACCUGAAGGGAGGCAGGGGACCAAUCAAAGUGCUGACGUGUGAGAUGGACGGGGCUCCACUUGACACGGGGGGAGGUGGAAAGACGACAGGAUUUCUGCCACUGGAGGAGAGCCGGAUUCACACCAAGCUUCUGCAGCUCACAGGGCCCUCUUCGUCACAGAAUGCUGUACAGAGUGGAUAGUUUCUGCAGGGCCCUCUUCAUCACAGAAUGCUGUACAGAGUGGAUCGUCUUCACAGGGCCCUCUUCAUCACAGAAUGCUGUACAGAGUGGAUAGUUUUCGAAGGGCCCUCUUCAUCACAGAAUGCUGUACAGAGUGGAUAGUUGCUACAGGGCCCUCUUCGUCACAGAAUGCUGUACAGAGUGGAUAGUUUCUGCAGGGCCCUCUUCGUCACAGAAUGCUGUACAGAGUGGAUAGUUUCUGCAGGGCCCUCUUCGUCACAGAAUGCUGUACAGAGUGGAUAGUUUCUGCAGGGCCCUCUUCGUCACAGAAUGCUGUACAGAGUGGAUAGUUUCUGCAGGGCCCUCUUCGUCACAGAAUGCUGUACAGAGUGGAUAGUUUCUGCAGGGCCCUCUUCGUCACAGAAUGCUGUACAGAGUGGAUAGUUUCUGCAGGGCCCUCUUCGUCACAGAAUGCUGUACAGAGUGGAUAGUUUCUGCAGGGCCCUCUUCAUCACAGAAUGCUGUACAGAGUGGAUAGUUUCUGCAGGGCCCUCUUCGUUACAGAAUGCUGUACAGAGUGGAUAGUUUUCGCAGGGCCCUCUUCAUCACAGAAUGCUGUACAGAGUGGAUCGUUUUCGCAGGGCCCUCUUCAUCACAGAAUGCUGUACAGAGUGGAUCGUUUUCACAGAGCCCUCUUCAUCACAGAAUGCUGUGCAGAGUGGAUAGUUUUCCCAGUGGUAAAAUGCAUUACUGUCCUUUAUUGGAUGAGGGCAACGUGUCUCUGGACUGUUACAGACUCCACAUUCUAACCCUGCCACUUCGAAUGCCUUUGUGCUUGUUUUGUGAUGUUCAAUGCCAAGGGUUAUGACCAAGUCAAUGAGGGAAUGUAUGAUAGGAUUGUAAAAAGUACACGUAGGUCAUUAAAUCAUUAGGUUUAUUUUUUUAUAGGUGUUUUUUAGUUACCUGAAGAGAGUCUUGUUUGGUUGCAGUACACUGCUGAUGUGACUUUUCAUUGUGGACAGGGACAGCCACUCAUUAGAAAUAAACACAUCUCUUGUGAUCUUGAGCAAGGCACUUUACCAUUAUUGUUCCUGUAACUCACUCUGGAUCAGAGUGUCUUCUAAAUGAACUAAUGUAAAUGUAAUGUACAAAGAUGGGUGUGAUUUGUUCUCUUGGGGGCAACACUCUGAGUGUUCUUUUUUGUUCCUUUUUUGUCAUUGGACUCUGAAUGCUCUGUCUGAUCAUUUUUCCUUUCAUUGUUUGUCUUAUGAAUGUCUUUUUUUUUUAUCCUUGUUUUUUAUUACUUGUCUAGAAAAACGUCCAAUUCAUCAUAAUGAAUAAAC